AUGUCGAGCGUGAAAACCGAGGACCUUUCGCUCGGCGACCCUUCGCACGAGUCGGAGGAGUACCACCGGGCCCUCGGGCUUCAAGUCGUGUCCGGGCUGAGCAACGAGCUUCGCAACGUGAAGAAAGCUGCAUUGAUCGACAGCGAGAGUUUGAUCAAGACCACCAAUUCCCUUGGGCGGGCCCUCGAGCAGACGAGCGCGUUUCUCGAGGGAGAGAUGAAAGGGGUUGACGAGGUGGGAGGGUUCAGGGAGGCGCUUGUCGGGUUCGUGGGCCAGUGUGAGUCGGAUAUCGAGUGGCUGAAGGACGAGGAGCGGAGGAUCACGGCCUUGGUGCGCAGCACGGGGGAUUAUUUCCAUGGAAGGGCAGGGAGGGAAGAGGGGUCCCACCUUUUUGUGAUCGUGCGCGACUUUCUGGUGAUGUUGGAUAAGGCGUGUUUGGAUGUGAAGAGCUUGUCGAGAGGAGUGCUGCAAGUGAAGGUGGAGCCGAGGAAGGAGGAGUCGACGAUAGAGAUUAAUCGACAGCUGUUCCCGGCGAUGAGGGAGUGCCAGCUGGACGACGAUUUCAGUUCGGAUGACGAAGGUUAA